UGUCGACCAAGUGAUGAUUCUAUUGGAUGAAAGUUGGUACGAUAUGUUUUGACAUUAGUUUAAGAUGGCGGUAUUUUUCAGUGUUCGUACGUGAAAGCGGUCUCGUGUUUCGGUAAUUUUCGCGGUAUCGGUGAAUAUUUUUUAAAUAUUAAGACAUGGAGACUAGUACGAGUACCGGUACUCGUACAUCGCGGUUUAUGAUGGAGGGUGUCGGCGCUCGAGUUAUUCGUGGACCCGAAUGGAAAUGGGGUAAACAGGAUGGAGGAGAAGGGCAUGUAGGAACAGUAAGAAAUUUUGAAUCUCCAGAGGAAGUUGUUGUGGUAUGGGAUAAUGGUACUGCAGCAAAUUAUCGUUGUUCCGGAGCUUUUGAUUUACGUAUAUUGGACUCAGCACCAACAGGUGUCAAGCACGAAGGAACUAUGUGUGACACUUGUAGACAACAACCCAUCUUCGGUAUUCGAUGGAAAUGUGCAGAAUGUGGCAAUUAUGACUUGUGCUCUAUCUGUUAUCAUGGAGAUAAACAUCAUUUAAGGCAUAGAUUUUAUCGCAUUGCUACUCCUGGAAGCGAACGCGUAUUAUUAGAACCAAGACGUAAAACUAAGAAAAUAGCCAUUCGGGGUAUAUUUCCUGGCGCAAGAGUCGUUCGUGGUGUUGAUUGGCAAUGGGAAGAUCAAGAUGGUGGAAAUGGACGUAGAGGGAAAGUUAACGAAGUACAGGAUUGGUCAUCAGCUAGUCCUCGUUCAGCGGCUUACGUCAUUUGGGAUAAUGGUGCAAAAAAUUUGUAUCGCGUUGGAUUUGAAGGAAUGGCCGAUUUAAAGGUUGUCAGCGAUGCUAAGGGACAAACAGUGUAUAGGGAUCAUUUACCAUUACUAGGCGAACAAGGUCCAGGUAGGACUGGACCGCAUGGUUUACAGAUUGGAGAUCAGGUUAACGUCGAUUUGGAAUUAGAAAUAGUACAAUCUCUCCAACAUGGUCAUGGUGGUUGGACCGAUGGAAUGUUCGAAUGUCUCGGUACUACCGGUACGGUUGUUGGUAUCGACGAAGAUCACGAUAUUGUCGUUUCAUAUCCAAGUGGCAACAGGUGGACUUUCAAUCCAGCUGUAAUUACAAAAGUUCAGAUACCUGUUCCCGUUACAAGUUCUAGUUCGGACAAUCAAACUUUUGCUGUUGGAGAUUUGGUACAAAUUUGUAACGAUUUAGAAAAGAUUAAAUUGUUACAACGUGGUCAUGGAGAAUGGGCAGACGCUAUGGCACCAACUUUGGGAAAAAUAGGUAGAGUACAACAAAUAUAUCACGAUGGAGAUUUGAAGGUCGAAGUGUGUAGUACAUCGUGGACAUAUAAUCCACAAGCGGUAACAAAAGUUGCUAGUAGCGAUGGUAGCGUUCCAGGAAAUAGUAGUGGAGAACGUUUAUCAGCAUUAUUGAAGAAACUAUUCGAAACUCAUGUUUCGGGUGACGUUAACGAAGAGCUUGUAAAAACUGCAGCGAAUGGUGACGCUAGUAAAUGCGAGGAAUGUUUAAAGAGACCCGAGGCUGACGUUAAUGGCGUAUUUUCUGGUCAUACAGCGUUGCAAGCUGCGAGUCAGAAUGGUCAUUUGGAAGUUAUUAAAAUUCUCCUCCGUUAUAAAGCUGAUGUUGAAAUCGAGGAUAAAGAUGGGGAUAGAGCGGUGCAUCAUGCUGCAUUCGGUGACGAACCAGGAGUAAUGGCUUUGCUGGCAGGUGCUGGUGCUGAUCUCAAUGCUCGUAACAAAAGGCGUCAGACUGCCCUUCACAUCGCGGUAAACAAAGGCCACGCCGGAGUGGUUAGAACUUUGCUGGAGUUAGGAUGUCACCCGAGUUUGCAGGACUCCGAAGGUGACACACCUCUUCACGACGCAAUAUCGAAGAAACGGGACGACAUGUUGGCUCUCUUGUUGGACCACGCAGCGGACAUCACACUUACCAAUAAUAAUGGCUUCAAUGCGCUUCACCACGCUGCACUACGUGGAAAUCCAAGUGCCAUGCGCGUCCUGCUGUCGAAAUUACCGAGGCCGUGGAUCGUCGACGAGAAAAAGGACGAUGGAUACACGGCUCUUCAUCUGGCAGCUCUGAACAAUCACGUCGAAGUUGCCGAACAAUUGGCACGCGCUGGAAAAGCCGAUCUGGAUUUGCAAAAUGUGAAUUUGCAGACCGCUCUACAUCUCGCCGUUGAACGACAGCAUACGCAAAUCGUUCGAUUAUUGGUAAGAGAAGGUGCGAAUUUGAACGUGGCCGAUAAGGACGGUGACACGCCCCUUCACGAAGCUCUGAGGCAUCACACUUUGUCGCAGCUGCGACAGCUGCAGGACGUGCAAGACGUCGGCCGUCUUCUAAUGGGUCUUGGUGCUCAGGGUCAGGACAAGAAAAGUAGUUCCUUCAUCGCUUGCUUCCUGGCAGCUCAUGGUGCCGAUCUAGAAUUGAAGAAUAAAAAGGGCCAAACACCCUUGGAUCUAUGUCCCGAUCCAAAUCUUUGUAAAACUUUGACAACGUGUCACAAAGACAAGGAAUCGCACGACAUCGAAACCGCAGCACCAUCGGCAGCAAUCGACGAAUGUCUGGUUUGCACCGAUGGAAAACGCGAAAUGCUUUUCAGUCCUUGCGGACAUGUCGCCUGUUGCAACGUCUGUGCACCAAGAGUGAAAAAAUGUCUGAUCUGUAGAGAAAAUAUUCUUUCGAAAUUGAAGAUCGAGGAAUGCGUUGUUUGCUCCGAUCGCAAGGCCAAUAUCCUGUUCCGUCCGUGCGGUCACAUGUGCGCCUGCGAGAGUUGUGCUGCCUUGAUGAAAAAAUGUGUUCAAUGUAGAACACAAAUUCAACAUAUGGUACCGCUCUCAAUUUGCUGCGGUGGAGGAGGUGAUGUCACUUACGUUAAGGGGUGCAAUGCCUCAGGAACUAUAUCCGAGGUAAAAGCUGAUGUAGAAGAAGAACCAGUGCCAAUACCGACCGCCAAUACCAAUACUAAUACCAGUGGAGGGGAGGCUCUUUUGAUGAACAAUGGAAGUCGAGACACGUCUCACAGCGAUAUUCAGAAGCUUCAACAGCAAUUGCAAGAUAUCAAAGAGCAAACAAUGUGUCCCGUUUGUUUGGAUCGUUUAAAAAAUAUGAUCUUCCUCUGUGGACAUGGCACUUGCCAAAUGUGUGGCGAUCGUAUGUCGGAGUGUCCAAUAUGUCGCAAAGCCGUAGACAAACGUAUUUUGCUCUAUUGAAGAGACUGACCGUUAGUUCGAAUUAGACUAUCGGAAUAAUAAUUAUCUAAUAACGUAGUAAUUCCUUAUUGCGCAUCAUAAUAACGCCUAGGAUCAUAACGAUCGCGAACUUUCCCAUUCCCGUCAUCGCGAUGGUCCUAUUAAUUGCAUGUUCAUUAUUGAGAAGUAUGUAUACACGAUCGUAAAAUUUACAUUACAGCGUACGUCGUAUAAGACUUUAGCAAAGAACAGUAAAUAAUAAAAAGUAUAAAUGUUUAUUAUUACGAAACAACGCAUAACUUUCGACUAAGUACGCAUAACUUUCGAGUCUUAUAAAAAUGUUUAUUCGCUUUUCAAAUGAUGCCAUGAAUAUUAGUAGGAUCGAAUGUUUACGUAGUAGCCAAUUUGGCAAUAGAUUUAAUAGAGUGAUAAUAGUGGUUUUGAGAAUUAAUUAUAGAUCGAUUAAUAUUAAUUAUUCGAAAGAAUAACUAACAAGAAAUAGAUUUUUAUUGAUUAAUGAAAAUCAGAAAUAACUUUACUUUUAGUUUAUAUAUAUAUAUA